UGCGGAAGGAUCUGAAUGAAGAAAGAGGUGUUGUUGUGGAGCGCAAUUCGAAACUUGAUUUGUGUUUUAUUUUAAUGUACUAUACCCCAGUGUAUGUAUUUUUUCCCAACUAUUCGUUUGUAUCAUUUUAAGAUACACAUUUUUGGGUGAUAGGCAGACCUGCCUUUUUUAUAGACAAAUAUUUUUAAGAUGGCCAUCGUGGACAAGGAGACAGGCGAGAGGAAAAUGUUGUCUCCAUUGGUGGAGGAUUCUGCGUCUGUUUCAAGAGAGCCUCUUGAUUUUCUUAAACUCACUCCUACUCAGUUUGGCAUUACUGUCCAAAGUUUCAGCCCGGCACCAUCAGGAAGCAAAGAAAAGUCUCGUUUGGCACAAUUAAAGGCAAGAAGAAGCUCGAGUGUUGGUGUGAGGGGCUCACCAGAAACAAACUCGCUCAUCCGCUUCAUUGCGCAGCAAAAAAUGAAGAAUUCUUCAAACUGUCGAACUCCAGAGCAACUUGUCGGAGGUAGCCCCUUCCUUCCUCGGGUAGCAUCCACCCUGAAGCAGAAAAUAGCUUCCUUCCAUAGCCUGAUGGGUGUGGAGGAAAGCGAGGUGUGUCAACAGAUGCCAAGGCAGGGUGACGACACUGGAGGAUACAUGAAGACAAGAGAUUAUCUAUCUGAUGAAUACAACCAAGAAGGGAAAGAGAACCAUCAUCGCUUGGUGUCACCUUCACCAAGGAAGAAGCGUCGUGUGGGCCCCCUCAAAGGCUGUGAAGUGCAGAUCAGAGAAGCAGACACUCCAGAUGUUCACUUCAAUGGGAGUGACAAGGAGGGAGAUAAGGAACCAGUGGAAGGAUGCAACGACCGUGUCCAAAAAGGACCACUGCAGUCAAGUGAGAGUGAAGCAGAAACCCAACUUAUGCUUCCGUCUACGCCUCUUCGUGGUUUUUGUGAGCCACCCACGUCCUUAGAACAUUACGCCUUUUCUUCCAAAAACCAGCAACAGGACAAUGUGGUUGAACCGCAAAGCCCCAGCCGAGCACGUCCCAGGGACCUUACAUCAGCUUCAACAGAGUCUUUCGCUGCUUUCCAGUUCCCAUCUCUCACCUCUCAAAUGGAGAUAAAAUCAGAAGAAGAAAAUGAGUCCUCUGGGGCAUCUGCAGCCAAGAAGAAAGAGAAGCGGGUGUAUUUUGGAUGCCCUCUUUCCCCUGAGUUCUUUGAUCAGCAGCUGCCUCCCAGCACCCCAUUGCAGAAAGGGGGGACACCAGCUCGGCCCUGCACCCCAGGUGGGAUCUUAAAGCUGAAAUCAGCAUUGAAGACACCGCAGAGAAAAGAAACUUGUACCCCGCAAGCCCAGGCAGAUCUCGGCCAUGUAUUUGAUGGCUCCCCGGGUCUUGCAAUGUCUUACAAGCACCGAAUGCUACAUAUGGCAGAAGAUGGAGUGGAGAAGUUUGAAAAGAUCAUUUUUCCUUCAGUAGAAGACAGGGACUCUGCAAUUAUGACUGAUACAGAAUUAAUUAAAGAUGUCCAGCUGAAUUUAAAUGAUGCUUUUCAUGAUGAGGCUCCUUCUCCAGUGGUAACAUCAGAAGUGAAGUCUGAGAAAACUCCAGCCUACCAGUCGAAUGCCCUGAACGAUCUUGAAUCUUCCUCCGUAGAGAAACAACCUGAAACAGUCAGUACUGCUGCACCGAGAUUGAGGAACCUGGAAAAAAAGGCAGUGGCUGAAUCUCAAUCCGCUCAUAAAUUUCCAGCUGUACUUAGUCGGAAGAGAAAGCAACCUGAGCAGAGCAAACCUGUGAGGAGGUCGACACGCUCUGCUGCCAAGCCUUCUGAGACGAUUAAAGUGGCCAAACGGUGGAAAAAGGAAGUCAACCUUUCUCUUUAUGGCUCUCGAGAAUACGCAUCCAAGAAUCCCACCCUCAGUCCCAUCACAGAGUUUUUCAUCCACCAGCCAGCAGCAGCACAAUGCAGUCUCACUGGCUCUGCAGACAACUUGCCACAUGCGGAGCCUCAGAUACAGACCAAGGAGAAGACAAGUGAGAUUCAUGAAGAAGAGAUCACUCCAAUCACUGCUGUGUCACUCGAAGUCCAAACAGAACACGUGUCAGUUGGCGCUGAAGUACUUUGCCCCCCAACAGUUGCUGACACACCCAGCACAGAAACGGACACAAAUUCAGAAUGUCUUAUGGAUGUUGAUGGCUCCACCUCAGCCUGCCCGUUAGAAGGAGAACAAAGCAGUACAGUGACCUUGACAGCCGCGCCCCCCGGGACAAUCGAGCAGCCCCAAAACGUGUCAAGUUGCUCGAGGCGCUCCGUGAACCUGGAAGAGGAACAACCUCAAUCAGAAGCAGAAACACAGCAGGAAAGAAAGAGUGACUCACCGAGUGAAACUUCUGGAGAGGAGACACAAGUCGACAGUGGCCUGGCUUCCUGGCAAGCCAACUUUAAUUUUGAGGAUGUCUUCAAACGCGUUCCCAGCAGGAGGCAGCGCUCAGUGCGCCGCAGCCUAAGGAACCAAAGCACCACAAAUGACGACACUGGUCUGGCCUGGAUGCCUCGAAUCUCCCCUGAAAUACUAAAAAGAACCAGCAGGAAGACCCGGCGUCACAGACUUGGUUCUACUUUUCUACCCACCAGCCCUGUUUGAGGACACCUAGUAUGCCACAUGCUGGUACCUGGGCAAUUUUUUGCUUUUCACUCAAAUAUUCCUUACAUGUCCCCCCCCCCCCCCCCCCCCUUCUGAAUUAAAUUGGAUAUUUUGCGACCUUGUUGUUUUAUGGGAUGAAAAUGCUGAUAAUUUUUUCCUUCACCAAUGAUUUGCAUCUUUCCGCUAUGUAAGACACCCAAUACACACACAGAGCCCAAUCAUUUAUGCUGACCUCCUCUGAAUCAAUAUCCAACCGCACAUUCAGCCCCUUACUCUCCCAAGUCACAAGAUCGAGCCUCAAUCAGUCAAUAUUUUCUCUUAGUGGAUAGAUGAAGAUGGCCUUGGUGCAGAACCAAUCUGUUAGACUAGGUUAAAGGCUACUGGAUUCCUGUAAACGAAAUGGAGCGAAGGGCUAAAUAGUAGCGCAGAAAACAAAUGAGCCCUUAAGUCAUUCCGUGCCCUUUGGUCAACUUGGAGCCCUGGUGGAGACUCGGAAGAAAGGAGGAAUAAACGUGGGGCCCUAACACUCUGCCCCAUGGCUGUUUUUAAGCCGGGCGCAAGUCGAGUGCAAAGCAUAGUCGAACUGUGUGCAUGGAUGCAGUUCUCUUAUGCUUGGUAUCUUGCUAGAUUUUGUACAGGUAUAAUUGAUCGUGCGCCAUUGUAAGAUGGAAGUAGUAUUUUCCUGAUCGAUCUUGGUGGCAUCCUUCAUUUGCAUGAAAUUCCGGGCGGUUGUAGCAGUGCCUGACUCAACCACUCAAGUUAGCGAUCGAACCAGAGCUGCCGGCUUUGGGGUGCAGAGCAUUAACUGCUGAGCUAUAAAAGUCCAGGCCACCAGCUGGUCAUAUUGUUUUAGAUCUCGACAAUGGAAGAUACAACUCUGGCAUCAAACACCCAAUUCAUAUUCACAUGCACCUAAUACAUUUAUGUCAAUUGAGGGGAGGGGUCCUGACGCUGUGGAUGCCCCGGCCGCCACCCUGUUGUGCCCAGGCAGUUAAAGCGCAUCUACUUCUGUAACGAGCUUAUCGAUCACUGACGUGAGAAGACGGUGGCUCCUAUUAUCAAUGACAUCUAGCUUCGUUGCGCUCAGCGUAGAUGAAAGCCUUCGAUCACCGCAAAGGGUUUCACAUUGGGCGGUGUUUGCUUUUUGGUCCUGUAUCAGACGUUUGCAUUUGAUCAAUGUUGUUUCUUAACAAUCAGCCUUGUAGUCUUUGUUCAACAUUCCUCGUGACUUUACUCCUACAGCUGUCCAUUGUGCAUGUCAUUAGGUGGGCGCCACCCAGUGUUCAGAUGGAGACACCACAGUUGAAUUAAACGGUGCCAAACCUUAAAACUGAUCAAAUGAUAGCGAUCCCUAAUCCUAAAUGUUACCUGAAAGUGUGUUGUGUGCAAAAUCAUUUCUUGAAAAUAAGUUGUGCAGCCACCGAGUUGGAUUGGGUCUUGGCCCAUGA